GCAAACUCCGACUUUAAGGGGUUCAACACAGAGGCAAGUCCAGCAACCAGCUCGCUUUGGACGCGGGUCUUGUCAGCCGAGAUGCAGCACAUCGAGGCUUUGGGUGACCCCUUGGGUGUCCUGAGCCACCACGACUCGCCUGCCGACUACUACUUGCGUGUUAAACAGUACGCUGAGGGACGCCACAGUAGCCAAUCGCUGCGCAAACUCCAGAGCUUUGUACUCGAUUUGCACACUGGUGGCGUCGACUUUAAAAGUGCCGCGAAAGCUAGAAAUUUUCGAGAACAGGGGAAUAAGCUGUUCGCCCUUGGCGAAUACGAUGGUGCGGCUGAUUGCUAUCGUCAAGGUCUUCUCUUCACUCCCAAUGCUUUUGAUUGGCACACUGGUUCCAAGGAGGCGGCGUUGCUCCAUGGCAACCUUUCAGCGACUCUAAGGCACCAAUCAGAGUGGGCUGCGUGCGCGUGGGAAACUUGCCUUGCCCUGAGGCUCCACAAUGACCUUGACGGCCCAAUCAGAAAACGCCUACAGGCGAGACUGAGGGAUGCAUGCAACAAACUGGGUCAAGAUGUUCCAACAGAUAGCGAAGACUGCUUUACUUGGAUAACCAAAUACUGUGGGGUGCAUGCAUUUUCAAGCCGCCUGGGCAUUCGUAAGUCCCCCGAAAAAGGGCGGUACGUCGUGUGUGAAGGCGAAUUCACUGCGGGCGACGUGCUAGCCAGCGAGCCGGCAGGUGGUUGGCCCGCCGCUAGCCAAUCACCGCGCGUGCCGCCGGUAGAGGAGCGCGCCGUGGCCUCCUGCAUCCUCCUGCCGUCUCAACGACACAAACGCUGUUUCGCGUGCCACAAUCGUCUCUCGAGCGUCGGCUACGUCUGCCCAAACUGCAACGACGCGGCAUUUUGUGGGCCACCUUCAAGGUGUUUCGCGAAGCGCUUUACCUCUGGCCACUACAAUGUCCCCCAGUGGCAUAAGGAUGAGUGCGGGUUUAUAUUUUUACUCAACUCGAUAGGACUCGGUCACCUGUCAUACCGCCUGGCGACUCUUCGAGGUGUCUUGGGAGCCGGAAUAAAGACCUCACUAGACACCUUGAUCGAUAAUUUUCAUCUUUUCCCCUCGUUGUUUGAGUACGCUCUGACUGGAUGGCUUUGUGGCUCCCUAUUGGAGUACGUCGGUCUGCCAAAUUGCGGUGAAUGGUGUUUCCAGGUGCUGCGACAACUGCAGUGCAACGCCCACGCCCUAACGGAGGUCAACACGACACUGGGAGUCGACGUCGCGACGUCUAGGCUGGCGGGAUUUCGGCAGGAGCGGAUUGGCUGUGGCCUGUUUCCCGCGGUCUCGUUGAUUAAUCACUCUUGUGAAUCAAACAUCACCUACCAAUUCAUGCAUCCGCGCUUCCAUCAAUUAUACCAACUUCUUCAGUCUUCUUCGAGAUUGGCUUUCUCCCUCUCUCUCUGCGUUGAAUCCCACAAUGGCGCAAACUCACUCGUAUUUCAGAACGGUUUCAUAGUCCUCCGCUGCGUCAGAGAUCUGAGACCGGGAGACGAGGUGCUUGCCUGCUACGGACCGCACUAUCUGCACAACCCCGAUCCCGAGUGGCGUCGCAGAGCCCUCCAAGAACAGUACUUCUUCGAGUGCAACUGCCCGCACUGUGACUCCGCCGCCGCUGAUGUCCGCAAACCAGCCACCCUCUCCUCCGCCCAAUCGGCUCGGUGGGCCAAGUUGGUUGAGGAGGCAAGUGCCACUGGAACUUGGCUCUUGCUGUACUACUAUGUCUCGCAUCUAAGUAGUACAUUCAUUCUUGUUGUGAAGGAAUGUGGCUUGCAAAGGGGCAUGUGUCGUGCGCAGGUCCGAUUUGUGGAAACACCGCUGUGCAAACUCCCAGGAUUGAUUCAGGAAUUGAAGGAACUCGCUUCGCCCACCUUGACCAUCCCACCUGAACCCUCGUACGGUGAAAUCGUCGACGAGACAGCCCACCGCCUCCUGGACAACGACGUCAAUCCCACGCCGGAGGCAGAAAAGCUCGCUCUCAAACUAACCACCGAAUCGGCGUCGUUUGUCAAGGCGCGAUUCGGCGCCACCAGCACGGAGUACGCAUGGGAGGUUGUCAAGUUGGCGAGCGUUGUCAAGGCGAUUGGCGGCCCUAGCAACGCUGACGCCGAAGCGACCGUGCGGAGUAUAAUGACCCUGCACUACGGAGCCGAUGAGGCGGGAAAGAUUUUGGACCGUCUGAAGUGUGUUUUUGGGUGA